GGGAUGUUACGAAUUUCCGGACACCAUUCCCAGAUUCUUUUUUGUGUACUUCUCCUUUUGUCAUUGUUCUCGUGCGAGCUAUUUGCACGUACUACGCAUCUCUCCCCUUCACUGCACUCAUCCCUUCACCAAGAGAAGAAACCAGAAGAGCAGGUUUAUUGUUGUUGUUGUUGUUUUUGUAGGAAGGAGGACGGGUGUGGCAGGGCGCCCACACAUCCACCCACACACGGCAUUUCUUCAUUACAGCUGUGUAUUAUUUUUCUUUGUGUGCGUGUGUGAUUUCCCCAACAUUUAUAUAUGCUCUACGGAUACAAUACGGUUCUGUGGUGGUGUUGGUGUUGUUUUGUAUCAGCAGUCGGUAAGCUGAGUAGCUCUCUCUUUGCGCGCUGCUGUGUAAAGCACAAAUCGCCCUUUUCUUUCUCCUUUGCUUUUCUUCUUGUUUCCUGUCGCUGUUGCUGGUCGCACUGGCGGUUACUUGCUGGCGGUGUUGUUGCGUACAUUAUUAUUUUCUCCGCAGCACUGGCAGAUCGAGGUGGACGUCUCAUUUUUCAAGUGUUCGCCAACUGACGAGACGUCGUUUAUAAGUAUCUCUCUGCUUCAUUAUUUAUUAAUAUACCUGCACACCUGCGUUGUUCUUCUAGCUUGUUGGUGUGGUUGUAUUGUUUGGCAUUUUCUUUUUUUUUUCUUCUGGGCAUUGCCAUUGAUGUAUGCGAAAGCGCUGGUUCCUCGUACUUGCGUAUUUUCCUUCUGUGUGUGUUUGCGCUUUCGUGCUGUGUGUUUGGUCGUCCUUGUGCUUUUUGGGGGCCUUUUUUUUUCCUCAAACCAAGAGCUUUGUUGUGUAUUUCGUAAAGGCAGGUGUAUUCACGGCAAACAAGUCAGUCGGCGAACUGGGUAUAGCUGCAAAUUACUCUUCGACACAUUUCCUUUUAUAUAUUGUCUCUUUCGCUUCUUCUUUUCUUCUUGAGAAGCGAGUCACCGAUUCUGCCUCCGAUUCGUCCACACAAAUCUCUAGAACAUAAGGAGCGAGACAAUGUUGAGCUUUAAAAGCAUCGCUGGCUUUCUCAAAAAAGUCAGCAGCAGCGGUCGCGACGAUGCCGGUAGAGAUGCCAAACAAAAAGCGGGGGCAGAGACCGGCGCAAACAACGCCGGCGCGAGCAGCUCCGCCAGCGAAGGCGUGAACAGCGGGAAAGGCACCCUGGCGAACCGCAGCGCAGCGGCCGGUCUCCCCGGCACACACAGCACCAAGAAAAACGAUGACACAAGUUUUAUCGAAUCCCCCCUCUUCGGUAUGCCUUCCGCCUUCGGCGACAAUUCCAUGUUCGCCUCCUCUAGCAUUCUGAAAGGACUGCCGCCGAACACGAGUACGCAAGACGUUCUGCGGCACAUCCAGCGUGUGGUGCAGGAGCGAAGUGAAGCGUUGCAUCAGCAGCAGCAGCAGCAGCAGCAAGAGGACGAGGCCGCCACCGCAGAAGCUGCCGAGGGCCACGUCGGCGCCGGUGCAGAGCCGCUGUCCAACCUCAGCCCCCGCUCUACCCAUUCCCUCCUCUCCACCGCCGCCCCGUCCCCGUUGGAUGUCGUGCCCGUCAACUCCGGUGGCGCGCGCACGGGGGGCACCUUCGCGGCGGAGGCGCCCAUCAGUCAACCGAACACGGCACCGACCACGACAGCGCACAGCCCCACCUCACCGGCGGCGGACACCCGAGAGAGGCUGCAGAGCCUGCAGAAGAUCCGUGCGGAGAUGAUUGACGCACUCGAUGUGUGUCUGCAGGAGGUGCCGGAGAACACAAUCGCGGAGGAGGAAAAAGUACGUCCAGACAAGACUGCUGCUACGGUGGCGGCGGUGGCGGCAGGUGGGGGGAGUGCCGACGGCCGCAACAUGCGAGAGUCGAUGACACAGAGUAACUGCGUCGUCUCCCCCUCCUCCUCCACCAGCGGUCCGUCGGGUCUGCUGGAAGGAGCGGAUGCCGGCGCCGGGGGCUCCGCAGCGGAGGCACCCAACAUGAAUUGGGGCGAAAACACCAACAACAGCAGCGCUCUUCUCGACAGCACGCGCACCGAGAUGGAUGUGGCAACCCCGCGCGACCCCUCCACCAUCGCGACACCGGUGGAGUCGGCGGAGCUGUCGAUGGUCGCCGUCCCCUACCCUGACUCCUCGUCCUCCCCUGCAUCGUCUCCCGCCCCGGCGGCGCCUGUCAUCUUCACGCACUAUGAGUGGCGCUGCCUUCUGCUGCAGAUUGUCGAGGUGAUUGUCCGCAUCGACCGCGUUCUUUUGGCCGAUGUGCGCCGCCGUGCGAUGGAAAAAUUCGCACUUGGGGUGCCGGCGGCCUCCUCAACGAGUCCGUCAGGCAGCACGACGGAGUUCCGCUGGCAGCGCCUCUCGCAGGUGCUGCCCGCUGCAAAUGACAAGGCAGCGUCGGGCUCCCUGACGCCGACCCGCCAGGCGCGGCAGCCGGACGUGGACGCGGCGGCAGCGCUCUUAACCUCGCCGCAGCUGCGAUUAAGCCGGUCCGAGGCGCUUCCCCGGUCCCCCGAAGAUGUGGAGUUGCUGGUGCUGCCGAUCCCCACCGUCUUGAUCACCACCGCGGCGACCGGGAGCGAGCAGCCGACGCCGAAGGAGUCGCCGCUUCCGCCGAGUGGUGGCGCCCACACGGCCACCGGCACCGGCACCGCCGCUUAUCGGCCUUCUCUUGUCGGGAAGAUGAGGCGCGCCUUGGAAGAAAACAGCAUCCUUUCCCCAGACAGCAGCGUCGGCUACUCCGUCUCCAAGGAGGACAAGAAGAUUCUGGAGGAGAUGCUGACGGUGGCGUGUCUUCUAGCCACGUGGGCCAUCAUCAAGGCCAUCCUGCGCCAUCACCUGCAGAUGUUCAACAAUAACGGCAACAACCGACGACGCAACAGCAAAGCAAACGGGGGAGUUGGGAGUGGUGGUGGCAGUGCUUCUGCUGGCAUUGUGCUGCCGGAGACGAAUGCUCCAUCCGGGUCGGCUGAACGGGCGGCGCUCGACAUGUCGCUGUCAGGCAUGGCGGCUGAACUCGUGGCGACCGGCAACAGCGUGGCAGGCGCGGGCCGGCGUCCACCACUCGCCUCAGCGCUGCCGCCGCUGGCACCUUCUGCCCCCACAAACGGCGCCGCGGAGGAGCACAGCGCCGAAGAGGCCGGUGCGGGGCCUCUUUCCAAGAAGACCAGCCACGAUGCGGACCCCUACGACGACCUCCCGUACAUCGACUGGGAGGCGGUCGUGCAGGAGCUGGAUGGGUGGAUGGGGAACUCGCCGGGUCACUUCGUGGCGGAGUGCACCCUCUGCGCCAGCUUCCUGCGGGAUGACGGGCGAGAGAUGGUGAUGUGCAUGCUGCAGGAGCCGAAGCCGCGUCACCUGCUGGCAAACAUUCAUCGCCACGCGGAGAAGCUGCGCCACACCGAUCCGACGGUGCUCGCGACGGCGGCCCCGACUUCGACGCCGAUGGCGUCUCCGCGUGUGGUGGCAGCGGGCACAUCCGGGGCGCCGACGUCGGCCACGCUGUCCCCUUCUCCUUCGACCUCGUUGCCCUCGUCUGCCACAAACGCUGCGACUAACACGACCCCUUGUGGCACCAUCAACACGACUACAAUAAGCGGUGGUGGUGGUAGUGGCGCUGCGACGAUGAAUCCCACUUCUACGGCUAGCGCUGCCCCUCCCAACCCCAUCGUGAUCAAGAUGAGUCCACCGUUGGCCUCCUCGAUCCAAGCCAUGAUGGACGACCCGACGCUCGUGAUGGAUGACCUUGUCGCGCAGCUCGAGCUCGUUUACCGCAGAGCUGUGAGCGACACGUGGUGUGCAUACUUGGAAAACGCCAUCGAGGCGGAAAUGACGAUGUACGCCAACUCCAUCGUGCCCCGCAGCACCUCGGAUGCCACCAUGACGGACAAGAGUGACACGAACGAGAAAACGUCUCCGGCGGUGCCGCAAAGCUCCUCCCUCCCCUUCAUCGACGAGUCCUUCCUGAAGCAGCAGAGCGCCGCCAGCACCCAAUUCUGUCCCUCCGCGCCGGAGUCGCCGCGCGCGCUGGAAGGCAUCACGGACACCACGACCCUCUGCCGCCUCGCCACGGCCUACUUCUUCGGCUCCGACAACUGGGCAGAGAGCAAGCGGGAGCGGCGCUUCGCCGUGCUUUACCGCAGUAUGCGCUCUCGCAUGGAACGCUACAGCGUGUCGGCGAUGACGCGGCGCAACAUCCGCCGCGGCACCAGCUCCGCCGCCUCUCCGACGCAGGUGGCGGCCACUACCACCACCGCGUUCGCGGCGGCAGCAGAUGCGAACACGCUCAGCGAACCCGUCCCCCCUCCGGCGACCGCCUCUGCCUCUCCAUCGCAGCAGCAGCAAAAGACCACAUCGUGCCCCUCUGCGGCCGCCACAGGGAUUACGCUCCUGGUGCCGCCCACAAUCAGCGAGCGCGCCUCGCUGUUGCAAACCUGCACGAGUCCGCAACACCCCGCCCCCGCCGUGGCCCUCACGCCUACGAAAUUCAGUGUCGAGGACACAUCCUCUCGUGGGACCGGCGCGGCGGCAGCCACAGGAACGGCGCCCAGCCCUUCUCAUUUCGGCUCCAGCGCCUCUGCCGCGUCCCCUGCGCUCUCCCAUCGUGGCCUCCCGAACUCGCAGCUGGUGGCGCAUCAACUGUUGUCGUCCAACGCGAGCAACGCCGCUGCCUCGAACUACAGCACCCCGCUGGCUGGCUCACUGCAGCUCGGCCGUGACGGCGGUGGCUCCGACGUUGAGACGGCCUCGGGAGCUUUGCACAUCGCCCACCCGACCAACAACGCAGCGGAUCCGUACGCGUCCUACCCGGCAGAUCAGUCCGCCACCUGGACCCCGUUUGGGUUCAUUAUGACCCUCUCCGGCAACACGACCCCGGCCCCCGAGGCCGAUCCGAUGCUAUCGAGUCAGCAGCCGAACCAAACGUCGCAGCAGCCAACGCAAACACAGCAAACCGCCAACAUCGGAGAAACACCAAUUCGCAGCGAAGGCGACAGCACCACGCCGAGCUUUUUGGCCGGCGGUGACGUCGCGCCAGCAGGUGCCGCCGCCUUCCCUCCGCGGCCGCCUCCACCCCCCUCUCUCUACCCGUUCGGCUUUCCACUGAGCGGCAUCGCGCUGGAGCGCAUUGUGAACAUGGCGUGGUCUGCUGCCCUUCACAAGCGGGGGGAGCAGUGUCUCAGCGCGAAGCCCCCUCGGCUGGAGGAGGCGGAGAAGAACGCGCAGGAGGAACGCCUGGUCGCCGGCGUCUUUGGCGAAUUCCGCGCCCGUCAGCGCUCCCUCGUCUCCCUCAUCAACGCCCGCCUCGCCGCCGGAAAAUCAGUCGAGGCACUCCGCAACGCGCAGAAGCACUUCCGCUUCGAAAAGAAGGACUGGACGGGUCACAGCCAAACCAUCUUCUCCGCCCUGCGGUACCUGCAGUCCAUGGUGCUGCUCGUCCGCGCGCAGGCGGCGUGCCGCGUCUACGGAGCCGUGAUUGAAACGGUCCAGUUUGUGCUGCCACAAGCGCGGCUGUGUGAGCAGAUGCUGCAGGUGCUGGCGCCGCGCCCGCGGCGAGACUGCAUUAUUCGCUUUGCAGACUGCCGCUCGAAGCUGCUGCGGUCGUACGUUUACCUGCUGAAGGAGUGCUGGAUGGCUCACGCUGCCUUUAACGACCACGCCAAGGCAGCCAAGUACUUCUCGCAGUGCGCGCAGGUUUUGCAAAUGCUGCGUCGUCGCUCGCGCGAGUCGGAGCUGUUUGCCGCGUACAUGGAACGAGGCUCGCAGCUGAUGAAGACGAAGGACUACAAGAAGUCUGUCGAGAUCUUUAAGCUAGCGGUGAACAUCGCAAAGAAGUCGCUGCAGGACGCCGAUACGGCAGCAGCGGCGUCAGCGGUGGUGGUUGCAGCGGCAGCGAUGGGGACGGCGAACAACGCGAGUUCCACGGCAACGUCCGGACUUGGUGCGAAGUCCGGUGCGACGACGGCAGCCCCACGGCAGCACUUCCACCGCAAUUUGCACUUCCGCAGCGCCGGCUCUGGCCAGCUCUACACCGCGGAGGAGCACAUCAUCGGCACGUCCGCGGCGGCCGCGGAUGAUCUGGAGUUUGCCUGGCGCGUGGCGGAGAGUGAGCGCAUGCUGGCCCUCUCCUAUGUGACGCAGGCGGAGCACGAGGUGAACGUGCGGGAGCGGCGCGAGGAGCUGAGCAACGCGGUGAGCAACGCCUACAGCUCGCAACGGUCUCUGCAGCGGUGGCAGACGAAAGGCGGUACCCCGAAGCGGCUGUUGACGGCUGUGCCGUGCAGCCUCAUCGUCAUUUGCAAAGGUCUGCUGCUGCUCAACCAGGCCCGCAAGGCAGCGUUGCUGCUGGAGCCGCUCAUUGAGCACAAGCCGAGCUCCGCGCUGGUGAGGCCGCCGAUGUGGCGCGAAAUCCUUGACCCCACCGAGGACCCAUACACCGCGGAAGAUGUGGUGCUGCGCACCUACGUCUGCUCCGUCAAGAUCGCAGUGUACAUGCUCUACGCUCGUUGUCUGGCCGAGUUUGACGGCGAGCGCGCGCUGCGGGCUGUUACCCAGGUGGACCAGCUUCUUCAAGAGAGUGAUGCGUGGAUUUACACGAUUCGCACGAAGCUGCGCGGCGCCCUGGAGGAGGUGCGCGGUAGCGACAAGAACGUCUCGCCAACGACGACGUCGCCGUAUGCGACGCGCAAUUUGGAGCUGCCGCGCCUCACCGCACCGGCCACGGCCGCAAAGACGACCGCAGCAGCAGCAGCAGCAGCAAACGAUGAGAGUGACGACGGGGUGAGUGCGACGAAGCCGGGCGGCGGUGGGGCGGACACGACGGCGUCGGCCGCGUCACCUAUCCUAACCACGGAUGUGCCACCGCUGCACAUGAAUCAUAUGAAUGCCGCUUCGCUGAGCAUCCACCGUACUACGAACAACAACAUGAGCACCACCGGCGCUAGCGUUGCCCGGCGAAAGUCCACCUCCUCUUCCAGCUACCACAGCCCUGAGUUCAACUCUCCGGAGGACGCGCCGCUACGCCCGCGAUGCUCCAACACGGCCGGCGGUGAUCCCGGCAGCGGCGUCGACCCCUCCCGCGAAAACCCAGCGCACGAUGACGACCACGCGCGCAGCCGUCAGAGCACCGUACCGCAGACCCACGGAGGCAGCGCCGACGCGGACUUCUGGAACAACGGUAACUCUAGCGUCAGUGGCGCCUUCCUCGCGACGCAGUCCUCGGGGACCAGCGGCGGCGUCCGCAGCACGUCCAUCGGCCCAGCGAAGGCGUCCCCCAGCACGCCGACCCUGCGUGUACACAUGGAGAGCGCCAGCGAAUGCAUGACGGCGCUCUUCGCGCUGCGCGAGGGCAAGUCGCACAUCCGCAAGGCCCUGCGCGACAUCUUCAUCAUCAGUGGCGACGCCCAAUCCCUCAUCAAGAACUGGGAGGAGGCGCUGAAGAGCUACUCGCACGCAUUGGUCAUCUCGAUGAGCGAAGUCGAAGCCGCCAACGCCGCUGCGCAAUCACGACGCCGUGCAAGUCAAUACGCCACCCCGAGCAAUGCCGCGCCGUCGCCUCGCACGUCCACAGCUGGCGGCAAUCACGACGACACGAACUCUCUGGCGACCUCGCAGGUGCCAGCAAACGUGGCCGGUGCGGCGAAUGUAAGUCACCAAGCAACGGUGGGUGGCGCCGGCAGCAGCACACGCGGUGGAGGUGGGGAUGCCGUGAGCGCCACGGCCACUACCACCAACAACUACAACAACGCUGCAGGGAUCACCGCAAUGGCGAGCAGCAGCGCAACGCAGUGCUGGGGCCAAGUGGUGCCUUUGGACGAGGAAUUCUUCCUGUGGGACGAGGAGGACGGGCUUCUAGCGGACAACCUGCUGAACCGCGAUUUAGCGGCAUCGACGGCGGCGAAAGACCUGCGUGCGGUGGUGGCGGAUGAGGAACGCAUGGACUCACGCGCCUGUGAGAGUCUCGUGCUGAGCAAACUCGCGAACGUGUACCGCGCACUGGACAAGCCGACCACUGCGAUCCACUACCACAACCUCGUGCUCGACUACGCGAACGAGUGCAACGAUAAGCUGCUCGCCUACAACUCCAUGCUGAGUCUCGCCAGGCUCUACACAGCCGCCGGGUCACUAGACGAAGCACGCGAGACCUGGGCGAAGGUGAGCGACCUCGCGAAAGAGUACGAAGACAAAGAAGUGAGUCGCGAGACGAAGCGCAACAUCGUGGCGGGGCAGGAGAGCGCUGGCAUGUACCUCGACGUCGUCAAGACCGCGGAGGAGCUAGAGAAGUUGGCCACCGGCGAGGAGGGCGAGGACGCCGCGGCAGACCGUCGCUUUGCGCUCGAGGCACUGGCCAACGCCAACCUCCAACUCGGCCAGUACGACGCCUGCAUCGCGGCCCUCGACAACCGCGAGAAGGUGCAGGAGAAGUCGGCGGAGUGGAACGGGCGGCUGCUCAGCAUGCGGGCCAAGGCGCGCAUGGGGCUCAACAAACCGGCCGAUGCGAUCAAGGUGAUGCAGAGCUGGGCCGCCAAGGCACGGAACCUGUGCAACUGGGUCGAGCUCGGCCGGGCGAACUCGGCCCUGUCGGCCGCCUACGCGUCGGAGAGCCAAAACAUGCAGGCCCGGCACUACCACGAGGCCACGCUCAACGCAUUCGCCCUCGCCGAGACGCUGAACGAGGACUGCCAACACAUCGCCCUCGACAGUGCGCGCUGGCUGGUGCACUACGCCUACCUAGACGACUCCACGGUGCAGGUCGACCCGGCGCUCACCUACACGGGUGGGUGCCUGACGAGCGACUCCGAGGCGAGCGGGGGAGACUUCCGCUACACUGACAGUGGCCUAUGCAACAGCAGCGGCGAUCUUGGUGUGAUGCUGGCGAAGGAGGAGGAGCUGCGGCGGUCGUCGUCGUCGUUCAUGUCGGGCAGCCUGCACCGGGGCGACGGCAGUGACGAGGAGGAAGACGAUUUCUUUGGUGGUGGGAAUGGUAGCGGUGGUGCGUUGGCGAACAACAGUUUAUUCGGGAUGCGGGGUGCAAACCUGACCGACUCGGACCGGCCAGCGGAGCCGCCCAAGGAAGAAGCACGGGAUGACGACGAGGGGGAGAAGCAAAAGGACCAGCCGGUCGGCGACAACGCGGCGGAAGCAGCAGACAAAGGAGGUGCACCAGCAGCAGCAGCUGGCGUGGAGGAGGAGGACGAGAGUGAUACGUCGGUGCUGCGGCGCAACCUGUCAAGCUCCUUCCACCCGAAGGAUCCGAACUGCGCCACACAGCCGCCGUCGCUCGCGGCGAGCGCUAACCCCUCCCUGCGCGACUACCCAGCUCAGCCGGACAACUUGGAGCUGAACUUCAGUGGCAGCAGCGCCGGACAGUCGGAGGCGGGCGACAACGACGCCGUGGUGGAGGAAAACGAAGACGAGGCGCGGCGGCGGCGCGAGGUGGACGAGGCCCUGCUCACGAUGGACGAUGACGUGGACGCGCUCGUUUCACAGCACCACGCAAGCGCGGUGAGCGCCGCCGUCAACGCCGCGGCAAUGAACCACAUGUUUUUCAACAUGGGCGACGUCGCUGAUGAUGCGGAGGACGUGGUAGACACGAAGGACGCCACGUCGGCGUCCGAGCUGGCGUCCGCGAGUGCAAAGGGUACCGCCAAGGCCGUGCCGACCACGCCGAACAUCACGACCGCGGCGGUGAAGACGUCGAGCAACGCCGCGGUGGCCGGUGCGACAAAGAGUGCGAGGAGCAACUACAUCCCACCGCCGACGGCGCUCGCCAACGUGUCCAUUUGCAGUCGUCCCGCGGCGGCUGCGGCGGGCACGGAUGUGCUGGAGAUGCCGGUGGACGCCGGGCGGUCCGCGUCGGAGCCGACCUCGGCCGUGGGGUCGAGCGGCACGGGAUCGCCGUUGGUGCCCGGCAGCGGCGUGCGUGGGAUAGGCUUUGCCGAUGGCCGUGACAGCGCCGGUGUGGCCGCGGGCACCCUGGCCCACCAAGACGGCGAGGACAACCAGCAUGAACGGAAGCCCGCGACGGUGCGCACGACGUACUACCGCGGCGCGAUUGAGAUGAUGGAGGCCGCGGUGCAGCUGCUGCUCGUCCCUCGCAGUGUCAGCCGUCUCGUGAUUCCCUACUCCCCCGCAGAAGCCAUCGACUUUGUCCUGCUGGCCCAUCCGCAUUCCCUCUUUGUCUUCUACUUUGCCGAGUACACGACAGAGUACGGGGCGCAGUGCGAUGUGGUGAUCCGUCCGCCUGGCAGGGCCGGAUUCCUGAAGCUGCGCACGCAGGUGUCCCUGAAGGAGUAUCACAGCAAGGAUGUGGUGAAUUCUCUGCUGACGAACCUUUCCGCGGAGGCCUCAUUGGCGGACCGCGCGAUAGCGCCCCCGCCCUCUGCUGGCGGUUACAACCACAACAACGUUGAUCCGGGAGCAGCAACCUCGCACCCCUUUGGGGGCGCGGUGGCGAAAGCAGCAGCAGCAGCGGCGGGAAGUAGUAAUGCCAGUGCCAGUGCAAGUCCCACCCUCAACAACGUCCGCCCCGACGCCCUACGCACCGCCCUCGACGACGAGACGCGCUCGUGCCUGUUCAACCUGCACGCCGACGCCUGGCAGCCCAUCAUCGACCGCAUGCGCCGCGAGCACGUCAGUUACGAAGACGCAGAAACGUUGAUCAUCAUGCCAGAUAUUGCGCUGCUGCACUUGCCCUUUGCCGGUCUGAUGCCGUCUCCCCACUACGGAGGGGAGGACGCCCCACUUGGGGAGCAAUUCACGUUGAUCGUCACGCCCUCGCUGACGCACUUCGUGUACCACGGAAUGACAGCGCAGCACGACCAGAGUGACGCGCUCGACCCAACGGCGAACCGGUACAUAUUUAUCCCGUACGACGCCAUAAGCACCGGCGCCACUGUCGCGGCGAAGCCGCAGAUGUCCACAGGAGUCGCCGCGGCGGAUUCCUCCGCUCCGAGCUCGCCGCACCCGCGCCAGCAAUCGUCGCAGGCCACAAGAAGCGCUGCAUGUGCUUCUCAAUUGGUACUCAACCCGAGCAGCAGCACUGGAGCACCAAUGGGCAAGCCUACCAACAGCGCCUCCUCCACGGCUUCGCCGCUGUCGUGGCCCUCCGUGACGCCGCCGCACUCGAACGGGGGCUCUACGUUACUCGCGCAAGCCUCGACAGCCGCCACCGCCUCCGCUGAGACAACCGCCAAUGCGGCCAGCGCCACGCGUCGGGACUCCGCUUUUGCCGCUGUAAACGCGACAGGGGCAGAUGCCUCGGCAGACGGCGCUGCAGCCCCUGCAGACCAUGGCACGUUUGACGGUCUGCUCAAGACGUGGCAGGUUCACCGCGGUUGCACACGCAAGGAGCUGAUUCACGCCUUCGCCAACCACCGAACGCGGGCGCUGAUGUUUCUCGGACCCAUCGACCAAGGCGGCGUGCGCGUGGCAGACGGUGUCGUGACGUUGCAAGAUAUCAUUCAGAGUCUCCAACAUGCGCGAGCGCAGCCGGCAACGCAGGGCGGCGGCGGCGGCAACACCGCUGGAAGCGGAGUGACGAGUGGUACCACCACCAACAAUAACAGCAGUCAGUCCACAAGUGGGGCUGCCCAGACGCACGUCGCUCCUGCCGCCGUGCCCUUCUCGCCCACCCCCGCCAUCCCACUCCCACCGCUGUGCACACACAUGGACCUCCUCAUCCUCACCGCCGACCGCGGCUUUUACCCGUCCGUCACGAAUGCCGGGAUGACGGCAAACUUGUGUAUGUCGCUCGGGGUGCGGCGGGUGCUGCGGCUCAACGUGAUUCGCGGCCUGGACCCCAAUGAGGAGCACCGCGAGUUUAUCGCACACUUCCUCUCCAAUCUACGGAAGGUGAUGCGGUGGAAGCUGAGUAACCCCUACGCCGUGGCGCUGCGCACGACAAUCGCAGAGGCGCGAGCGAAGGGCAUGUCGUCAAACACGUGGGGUGCCUUCACGCUGAUCGGGUCGGCUUAG